GUUAGUUUGAGUUAGGGUUAGAGGGAGGGGUUAAUGCUUGAGCUUCAGUUUGAGUGGCAGUUCAGGGUAAAUUGAUACAGUCGGACAGACAUCACAUCUGGAUCUCUGAACUUCUGUUAUCUGCAAGUAUCAUGUUGGUUUUACUUGCUGCCAUUUUCAUUCUCCACCUCGCCUGCAUCGCACUGCUGCUGGCCGCCACCAUCAACAAUGCCUGGUGGAUGACCGACAGAGUGUCCACUGAUAUUUGGGGUCGCUGGGUUUUGACUGAUGGAAAGUGGAACCUCACGGAUAUUCCUGCACAUUAUCCUGAAGAGUAUCUGCAAGCCGUACAGGCGACAUCUAUACUAGCGUGUAUAUUCUGCAUUCUGGGCCUGUUUGUGUUUGUGGCACAACUCUACACACUACCUAAAGGAAAACGCUUCCUGUUUACUGGAGCCUUUCAACUGCUUGCCUGGUUGUGUAUAGUGAUCGCAGCAUCUAUCUACACUGAUGUCUUCCAUAAACAGGAGUCAGAUGGUUGGUACGGAUCAUCAUUUAUCCUCGCAUGGAUCUCCGUUUGUCUCACCUUCAUCUCUUGUGUGACCUACUUCGUCCUGCGAAAGAAAACAGCAUAAUCACACAAACACACAAACACACACACAUCUACUGUACAACACACACGCACACACACCUGACAUGUUCUCACUCAUAGACUAAAUAUAAUACUUCAUUGCCACUAAGAAUUUGUCAUUAGUUUUUGUGUAGAUCUAAUAUAGUUUAACUCAUAAGCUGUUUAAAGUGUUUGUAGAUUUGAAACAUAUAAGAAAUGAUUUAUAAUUUAAUAUACUGUAAUUUUAUAUCAUAUGAUAUAUUGAUGUCAUGGAGCAUGUCACUGGAUUUCAGAAGAGACUUUAAUGUUAGUUUAUCAUACGGCUGUUGUUGUUUUGUCGAUUCAUGUUAUCUGACAUUAACAACAGACGAUCAUAUCUUAUGUAUGGUCUUCGGAUCAGAGGCGCUACCUUAAAAUCUGAAAACUUUCACUUAU